AUGGCAACAAAACCCGAAUUAACACGAACAUAUUACCAAACUAAUAAAGAUAAAAUUUGGUGCUAUCGGAACCAAGAAAAUUAUUUUUGUUAUGAUUGUCAACGACCAUUAAUUAAGCAUCGUAUCCACAAAAUUAACCGCUUUUUAGAAGAAACAACCAACCUAAUGGUAUCUAAGGCAUUAUGCUGCAAAUGCUACACUAGUCCAUUAUAUAAAAACCAAGAUGCGGCAAAUGUUGAUUAUUCCGAUUGCCAAGAACGAUUUAGUGACAGUUAUUUAUUAGGUCGGACUCAAAAUAUCAGCCAAACUGAAGAUACCAAGAACACUUAUUACCAAGCACAAAUAAAAGCUAAAGAAAGAGGCAAAUUAGAAAAUGAAAUUGUGUUUGAUUAUUCUCCUUAUGGCUUUGAAUUAAAAAUUAGAGGUAACUAUGAGGAAUUAGAAAGAGAAUAUAAAAAAGUAGCAAGUUCCCCCGAUUUUUAUUUACAAGCACCAUUUUUAACCUUAGCUGAGGAUUUAUUGAAAUUAAUCAAAGAGGAUAAAGUGGAAAAGUUAAUAUUCUUAUCUACUAGUGAUGAGAGAAAAUAUGAAGUAUUUAAAGAAACUUUUUUUAAACUUGCUAAACUUGCUUCUGUUGGUGCACCUUUGCCAGCAAAUAUUCAAUUACGAUUACUUUCAGAGGAAAUGAAAAUCCAACCAGGAGCAAAUACAAAAUGUGAUUGA